AUGGACGACUCGGUACUCGUCAUGCUUCCUGACGGCGCCGUGCGCCUCUACUCCGCCACGGGACCCGGCAACCAGCCAGUCCUAGCAGACGCGGUUCUCACGGACUACCCUGGCUGCACGCUCGGCGUGUUAGAGGAAUGCCUGACGUCUCUCCCCGCCGAAACGCCCUUGCACCCGGGCCACACGUAUUUCAUCACCCCGGGCGCGGCGGCGGACGCGCCAGUGCCGGCCGCGACCGCGACCCCCGCGGUCGUGGCAACGGCGAACCCGCCCCCCCGCGUGCCCCGCAGCGCGUCCACUGUCACCUGCCCCUGGCAGCACCAACAAAGAUACCCGCCUCAUACUAACGUUUGGACAUCUGAUUCCGAUGGUUUCAACAUUUCUUCUUCCGCUCCUCGUUCAGAUUCUGCCGGGGUUUACACUGCGGACGCAGCAUUGGCAGCCAUAGCUGGUGGCGACGCGAGAGGUACAAGCCGGGAAUCGUUCGACUUGUCCCUACUCCUAUGGGGUCUCGACUCUCCCCUCGCCUCGCCGUCCCACCCGCAGGGUGGAUCGCCCAGUCAACGGCAGCGGCUGCACCCGCGCCGCUCGCUCGAGAUAACCCGCGGCUCGCAAAGCUGCUCGCACAGCCCACUCGUCGACGGCUCUCCGUCAGGAUACUCGCUUUCGAAAGGCCCUGCUCCGAAGAGCACCCGCCGCUCGUCGCUCUCUCGCCAACUACGGCGGGGCUCGCCGUGCGCUACCUCCGCUCCCGCUGCGACGACCAUGACCGACGCCGCCGCUGCCGUCGUCCUGUCGGAGAGCUCCCGGAUGCUUGCUACUAGUGCUGGGCUUACUAGCGCUGGUGCCAGUCCGAGUGCGAACGGUGCUGACGCUGCGUCGACCAGCAGACGCAGGUUGCCGAAGUCGGCGACCAGGCGCGUCCUUGCCGACGCGUCCGCGGCUGUUGCGGCAUUCGGCCGCAGCUCGCACAGGUCGGAUCUGUGCAGCGAGAGCGGGCUAAAGGAACGGCACCCUGGAAGUGUAAUCCACCAGCUUGUAUCAAUCAUGCCUAACCCCAAAGUGUUUUUCGAUAUCACCGUUGGCGGGGUGCCAACUGGUCGCAUCGAGAUGGAGCUCUUUGCUGACGUCACACCCAAGACUGCUGAGAACUUCCGCUGUCUCUGCACUGGUGAGAAGGGUACGGGCAGGUCCGGUAAGCCCCUUCACUUCAAGGGGUCGUCUUUCCACCGAGUGAUUCCCCAGUUCAUGUGCCAGGGUGGCGACUUCACUCGCGGAAACGGUACUGGUGGUGAGAGCAUCUACGGAGAGAAGUUUGCGGAUGAGAACUUUAUCAAAAAGCACUCCGGCCCUGGCGUCCUCUCCAUGGCUAAUGCCGGGCCCAACACUAACGGAUCUCAGUUCUUCCUGUGCACUGAGAAGACGGCGUGGCUGGACGGCAAGCACGUGGUGUUCGGACAAGUCGUGCAGGGCAUGGAUGUAGUGAAGAAGAUCGAGGCCGUUGGCUCCCAGUCGGGGGCAACCAAGAAGCCCGUGGUCAUUGCUGACUGCGGCCAGCUCUAG